AUGACACAAGAAUUGGUGAAAGCUCGAGGUCAACGACAUGUGCUCGUGACGGAAAUACGCAACAUGCGGACACAGACUGAAGGCCAAAUUGCUGUUGCUAUGGCGGAAGCGAAAGAUCAUGAAAAGAAGCUUCAAGGUGCUCAACAAGAGUUUAAACAUCAAACACAAGGUUUUCAUCUCUAG